AUGGUGAAGAGGAAAACAUUUUUAGACACAUCCUCGUAUGAAAAGAAGAACAUUGUAGAAUCUACUUUCAGAUCUUUCAUCUUUGGCUUUUGUUAUACACUAAAUCAAUCAAAUUAUUUUCAUCUGUUGAUCUCGUUAUUUAUUCUACUUAAAGCUAAUUUACCUACAUUUUCCAUCUUAAAAGGCGUGUUGGUCAUGGAAAGAAAAAAAAUUUAA